AUUCUCAACAUGGAUUAUUCACAAGGUCCAGUGCCACUAGCUAGAAAUAUAAGACACUUGCCGUGCAUAUCAAGAAGAACGGCUCAAGAAGGACUGUGUAUGUUCGCCAUAGAUUGCCUAAAAGCCAAUGGUACCCAUCUCGGAACCUGCAUCGACAGAUUCUACUUUGGAUCCUGCUGUCAAAUACCAGAUAAGACCAUCCUACCACAGAUAAUAGGCAAUAACAUCGAUGAUAACUCAAUAGACAGUGCUAACUUCGUCCAUCCACAAAUUGAAGACAAAGUUCCGCCUACAGGUAGUAAGAUACCAGAUAUAUUCCCUACGAAAACAACGACGGAAAAGAUAGAAACUACAGUCACUGAAAAACCUACUUCUGUUCUAGAUAGAACAGAAUCUAUUAGUUUAGAAACUAAAUCUGAUGAACAAACUACUAUUGAUAACAAGAUAGUUAACGAUGAAGUUAAAUUGACUACAGUUGCUAUCGUUGAAACUACAGUUAAACCUGAGAGUAAAGCUACUGAAACUCCAAUAACAGAAAUACCUAUAAAGCUAUCUACAUUCCAAACGGUGUCUAGUGAUGUUAAUAAUAUAGUUACAGAUAAGACUCAAUCUGAUAGCUAUGAGGUUACAAAAGCUACAACAACAGCUAAACCUAAGCCUACACGAAAACCUGUAAGACCUACAUUCAGACCGACACAUAAGCCAUACAACCACACUAGACCUCAAUACUCAUCCACAUACAAACCUAGGCCCGUUAAACCAGUUUACAAUACUACUAGGAAACCACCGUACAGACCACCUAGCAAGCGGCCAUCAACGAAAAUACCUUUACCAAUCCCGCCUAGACUAAACAUAACUAUACUACCUCAAUCAACAAGUUCCAAACCUAUAUUCACUCGUCCAUCAUCAGUAUCUAUAACAUACAUCAACAACACCGCUUCAUCGACAACAACUACAACCACAACAACUACUACAACUACUGCUGCACCUACAACUUCAACAACUAUCGCACCUGUAACACAAAAAGAUAUUGAAGUCACAACCACUGAAGCAGCUGUUACUGAAACUGAAAAACCGACUGAGAAAACGACGAUUUCUGAAGCAACUGUUGAAACGACGGUUACGGAAGCCGUUAAAGAAACGACAGUUCAAGUUACGGAGACAGCUGAAGCUACUUCUACUACGGAAGCAGAGCAAGUGGUUACGGAUACCGAAGCUACUACGUCACCGAUUGUGACGUCAGCGUCUACGGAAGGGGCGAAGGUGGAAACGACGUCUGAAGAGGCUGCGAAAGAACCGGAAAGAGUUACUGAAAGUGAUGAAAAAUGGCAAACUGAAGGCUGGGUAUUAAUAUCAACGAUACCACCAAAACCAGAAACAACGACUACUACGACAACAACACCACCACCAACUACAACAACCACAAAAACUACAACAAAAACUACAACAUCAACAACAACAACAACAACAGCAGCACCAUUAACAACCACAUCAACAGCAUUACCCGAAACAACUACCACUACAACCGAAGCGCCUACAACUCAACUGUCGUCAUCUACAACCACAACUACAACUGAGUUACCGUCGUCUACAACUCAGCGUGCAGAAACAACAGUUGUUACUUCAACUUCAAGUCAAGGAUUAACUACUUUCAGUUCUGUUUCCUCUGAAAAUGUAACUGAGAGUGAUAAUGGUACUAUAAGUACCACUGAAAGUGCUAAGACUACUGAGGAUAUCACAACAACGGUCAUCCCGGAAACCACAACAGCCGCUGUCAACAUGUCCAACUAUAAGAACGUUUGCGGCAGAAGACUUUGGCAGGCACCACAGGGCCGCAUUGUCGGCGGUACGAAGUCUGGCUUCGGACAGUGGCCUUGGCAGAUCUCCUUGCGGCAGUAUCGGACCUCAACGUACCUGCACAAGUGUGGGGCAGCCCUACUGAACGAAAACUGGGCGAUAACAGCAGCGCAUUGUGUUGAACAUGUGCCCCCUUCGGAGUUGCUGGUCAGACUAGGGGAACAUGACCUGGCUCAGACAGAUGAACCCUAUGGAUUCGUGGAGCGCCGCGUCCAGAUCGUGGCGAGCCAUCCGCACUUUGAUCCCGCUACCUUCGAAUAUGAUUUGGCCUUGCUUAGAUUCUACGAGCCAGUAACGUUCCAGCCUAACAUUCUGCCUGUGUGUGUGCCUGAUGAUGACAACGACUACGUCGGCAAGACUGCCUACGUCACGGGCUGGGGAAGACUGUUCGACGAGGGUCCUCUACCGAGUGUGUUACAAGAGGUGAAGGUCCCCGUUAUCAACAACUCGGCGUGUGAGGCUAUGUACCAGGCCGCCGGCUAUAACGAGCACAUACCUAACAUAUUUAUAUGUGCGGGACGCAGUAGAGGUGGCGCUGAUAGCUGUGAAGGUGACAGUGGUGGCCCAAUGGUAGUUCGCCGCGAUCGCGACGACCGCUUCGUCCUCGGCGGGAUCAUAUCCUGGGGCAUCGGAUGUGCGGAACCAAACCAGCCCGGGGUCUACACACGGAUCUCUGAAUUCCGGGAUUGGAUCAACCAGAUAUUACUAUUUUAGAGGAAAAAAAUAAAGGCUAUCGAAAAUGCAGUGACUGCAGUUUUUAUAGCCGGUCUGCAGAAUGUUUUUUUAUACGUAAUAUGGAUCAGAAAUUAUUAUUCUAGUGAAAGGCUAUAGAAAUUGUAGGUUCUGCACUUUUAUUAGCCGGUCGACAAAACGGCUAUUGGAGCGUGUUAAAUUUAAUCUCAUAAUAGUGCCAACUUAUAAGAAUUAAAAAGAACUCAGCAUAGAUCGUAUUUUCUUGUAUCAAAAUCUGUACAUGAAUUAAUGCCGAAUUUGAUAGGUAAAAUAUUGUAUAUAAAUAGCCGUUUUGUAGAUCAAUAUAAAAGAAAUAGCCUUGGCUAUAAUAUUGUUAAAUGUAUUAGGCUGAUUUUUCAAAAAAUACUAUUUUGAUUUAAAUCUCAGCAGCGAUUAUAUCAAAAUACGGCCUUUAUAAGAAUUAUCACUUCUUUACUAAAAAAUAUUUUUCAUUAAAGAAAAAAUAACACAAAUUAUGAAUAUUAUAUAAAGAAAGUAUUUUCUGAACAUCACAUGUUAGUAACUGGUGCUUAUUGGUCCAAAAAUUAUGUUUUAUUGUAAAAAAAAGUAUUUAUUCAAAGUAUUGGGGAGCGCCUUAUGACAAGAAUGUCAAUUUAAGUCGGCUUGUAGCUGCCAAUUUAGUAUAAAAAUAUACUGCAAUUCAAAUAAUAAUGGAAAAAAAAACAAAAUAUACUAUGAUUUUAUUUGCAAAA